CAGGUAAAACCGGCCUCAAUUUCUCAGCAUUGCCCCAAAAAAGCGAGAAAAGCCGACAAAACCCGUUCUCUCAGUAGGGGACCUUGUUUGUUGCCGCAGCCCUCAUACAGUGUUAGCGGAGGAGUCUUCCACGGUAAAGAAGACGGAUCGGAUUUUCAGUACCAACUAGAAAGUCCAGUUCGACCGACCGAGAUGUCACAGGAGCAUGACAGCAAGCGUGCGGUCCUGGUUUCCGGCUAUGGCGGCCAGCGUCGCUCCUUCACCACAGAGGACGAAGCCUGGAAAUCAUUUCUGGAGAACCCGCUGACAGCAGCCACCAAGGCCAUGAUGAGCAUCAAUGGAGACGAGGACAGUGCUGCAGCUCUCGGCCUGCUUUACGACUACUACAAGGUGCCCAGGGAGAAGAGAACAAUAACGCAGAGCAAGCCAGAUGCACUGAUCUCUGAUGUGGAUCCCAACAAAAGACAUCAGCUUCAGGCAGGACACUCUCUUGCUCCUCUCCAGGAAGCCGGUAUGGAGAGCAGAAUCCAGGUCCUCAAGGGGCCCUUCAAUAUUCUUCAGCUGGCCCAGGACAAGAGGGCCCAAUUCGCCUCACCAGACACGACCGUCACAGUUUCCAUUGCGACCUUGCCAAACUACACACCCAUCAAGACGGAGGUGCCCACCCACGGCUUCUCAGUGACCGUGCCAAACAACUGCACUGAAACCGACAGCCACGUGAGCGUCUUUGACCGGCAGCUCACCCACAACUCGGUCCAGUUCAGCCCCAGCACCCACUCCCGCACGCCCCCCGACUCCACCUUCUCAGAGAGUUUCAAGGACGGUUCCCAGGAGGUGUUUUCCUUCCCAGGGGAUCUCCAGUUACGUAUGGCCUCCAUGGCGCCUGAGGACUACACUCAUUUUGACACCGUGUCGGGGAAUAAUUUUGAGUACACUCUUGAGGCAUCCAAGUCUCUGCGUCAGAAGACAGGUGACGGGACGAUGACGUACCUCAACAAGGGCCAGUUUUACCCAAUCACCCUCAGGGAGAUUGACAACAAAGGCAUGCAGCAACCCAUCACCAAAGUCAGGAGUGUCGUGAUGGUGGUGUUUGGAGAGGAGAAGUGCAGAGAUGAUCAGCUGAAACACUGGAAGUACUGGCACUCCAGACAGCACACCGCCAAGCAGAGAUGUCUUGACAUCGCCGAUUACAAGGAAAGCUUCAACACUAUCGGCAACAUCGAGGAGAUUUCCUACAACGCCAUCUCCUUCACCUGGGACACCAACGAGGAGGCCAAAAUCUUCAUCUCGGUCAACUGUCUGAGCACAGACUUCUCCUCUCAGAAGGGUGUGAAGGGCCUUCCCCUCAACCUGCAGAUCGACACCUAUAGCUACAACAACCGCAGCAACAAGCCCAUCCAUCGCGCCUACUGCCAGAUUAAAGUCUUCUGUGACAAGGGGGCUGAGAGGAAGAUCCGGGACGAAGAGAGGAAACAGUCUCGCCGGAAAGGGAAGGUGCCUGAGCACAACCCUGGCCUGUCCUAUGUGGAUGUCAAAGUGCCCAUCCUCCAGAAACGCAACGAUGUGACCAUCUUCAAGAUGAUGACCGACAUGGAGACCCAGCCUGUCCUUUUCAUACCCGACGUUCACUUCUCUACCUUCCAGCGUCAUCCUUUCACAACAGAAGAUGGAGAGGACAGCUCAGGGAUGAAGAGAUUACCCUUCAGCGAUGAAGAGUUCGGUUCUCCCCCCAACAAGAUGCCGAGAGUGGAUGAACCAAAGAAAGUCUUGCUGUACGUGCGCAAGGAGACAGAGGAGGUGUUUGAUGCCGUCAUGCUGAAGAAUCCCACGCUGAACGGCCUGGUGGAAGCUAUUUCAGAGAAGUAUGAAUUGCCUUUGGACAAGGUCGGAAAGGUUUAUAAGAAGUGCAAGAAAGGGAUUCUAGUCCACAUGGACGACAACAUCAUCAAACACUACUCCAACGAAGACACCUUCCAGAUCUCCAUGGAGGAGCUGGGCGGCAUGUACAAACUCACCCUCACUGAAAUCUGAUUGGACAGGACCAUGUGACCUCACCCAGAACAGAACAGAGGGAUGGAGGAUGAAUGAAACGGAGCCGCCAGGAGUAGUGGUUUACAUGCCUCGCUAUCUUAAAUCAUGUCGUCUCUGUGAUGUAACAAACAGAUUUUUAAAGUCCCACAAGAAGUAUUUAAGAAGCCAUAGCUCUUAAUAAACCACAAUGUCAAUUAGAGAUUAAGUUAUACAUUUUUGAUUAAUUUUAAAACCUUUUUGUGCAUAGAAAUCAACAAGUGAGGACCAGUUUGGUUUUUAUGACACUUCAAUUUUGUAUUCAGUGAGUGCCUGGUGCCUUUUUUUGUAAAAAAAAUGUGUUGUGCAGAGCGUUUGUGGCGCUGCUAUACCUCAUGCUAUGCAAGCAGCAGUGUUUCUCAAAUAUUUGAACAUUAUGAGGAGAAACGGCUUGUCUUUUACUUAAGCCAUAGCACUGAUUAUUACAAUCUGUAAAGUUGGGUAUUUAGCGCAUAAAAUGAAGGCAGCAAAUUGUUGUUGCUGGGGCCCCUGUGGUUCAGUGUAUUAAUACUAAACAACAUGGCAGUAUUUAGUGUGUAAAUUUUCUUCGCCAUCAUACAAUUAGGGUAGCGUUGUAUCGAUGUUUGUUGUAUUGUUUAGCAUAUAGGCUACAUGCUGUUUGUGAAUGAAAUGGCUUUUUUCCUCAGAUCAAUUUAAAUAAUGGCUUCUUUGUAAGUAUUAUAUAGGCAGUAAAGAUAAUGAUAGUGAUACUAAAAUGCAGCUACCCUUCCCCCGUAGUGUAAUUUUCUGAAUGUUGAUGAAAAAGGUCAAUGAAUGUCCAGCACAGUCCGCACAGACCGUACUGGAAGUGCAAUAUGAUAUUUAGGUUCAGAAAAAUGUCCUCUGUUGCCAUAGCUACAGUAUAUAAUACAUAUUAACUGAUAAACCAGAUUUUUUAUGAAAAUAUUGAUGUAUAUAUCCACAGAAAACAUGCUAAAAGGAUCUAUAUGAUCCAUCUUUUUUUAUCUCAGUACUUAUUGUGUAUAUAUUUAUUAAGAGAAUGGAUGUGGGUCAUCAUUUUGGUUUUUUUUCUACAAUAUAUAUCCAAAUUUCUAUUCUUCCUAAUAUAAUGUUUUUUUUCCUUUUUAUAUGAAGUUAUUCUAACAUUACAUGUCAUGGCACAAAAGUUAUUAAAUAUUUUUAAUGGAUGUUGUGUUCUCCAUUUUUGUAAAGGAUUUGAUGCACAAAGUGCCCAAUAAAAGCUCUUUAGCAGCUGU